ACCGAGUCAGAUCAUCCUGCAUCCUCAGACAAUCACUUCAUUUGCUUCUCGCCCAACUCCAUCCAUGCGCUGUGCGACACUUCUGAGUUAAUGGAGGAAGAAUCCCAUGACGACCGCAGUUCAACCCAUUUGUCACUGAAUGGUGACAGUGGAUGGGUGGUAGGGCCCAAACAUAGGCUGUUAUUCUGGGUACCACCUGCUUCUCGACAUUCAUUUUAUAGUACUGGGACUGCAUUGGUGAUACCCAGAGGUCCUGAGCUUGAUUUGAGCCGCAUGGCACAUGGACGACACUGGCAAAAGUGCCGAGAGGAGUGA